AUGGAUUUGAGGGACAAUGGAAUACAAGAAGCAAUUCCCUGUUUUUUGGAUGUCCGUUUUGUUAUGGCUCCUUAUGAAAGGAUGGUUUUUGAGCUAUUCUAUGACGUUGCCCCCUUUACUGCGGAAAAUUUCCGUGCGUUAUGUUCAGGAGAAAAAGGAGUGAGUGCUAAAACUGGAAGGCCUCUGGGGUACAAACGGAGUUUCUUUCAUCCUUAUAAGGAAGGUGACUCCUACGUAAAGGGAGGUCUAUUUUCCUACAAAACAGGUGAAAGUGGAGAAAGCAUAUAUACCCCACGUUUCCCGCUUGACUUAAAUAAUAAUCUCAAACACGACAAGGAAGGGCUUUUAUCUAUGUCCAGAAGAGACCAAGAAGCUUCUAAUUCUUGUUUUGUGAUCACAUUGGAAGCUGAUCCUAGUCUUGACAGCUCUCAUGUGGUCUUUGGGAAGCUUGUGGGAGGAUUAGAUACUCUACGAGCAAUUAGAGAUCAUGAUUUCUUUCCGCCGGUUAAAAUAAUCGAUAGUGGUGUUUUAUCCAGAAAUAUUCCUCGUGACGUGAUUAUGAGGCCUUAUCGGUCUUCUGAUGCGGUGUCUUUUGAUACUAUGUCUUCUGAGGGGGAGCAGGAGGAUGAAGAUAGUGCGGGUGAAGAAGGGCCAUCUUCCUCCAGCCCAGAUUCACAACCAUGCUUCCCCUAG